AUGACGGAGGGAAAGCCUAUUGAGUGCGUUGCCGCGAUCGCCUGGGAAGCCGAAAAGCCCUUGGAUGUGACCACGGUUAUAGUUGCUCCACCCAAGGCUGGUGAAGUUCGCAUCAAGAUCGUUGCCACCGCACUUUGCCAUACAGAUUCUUACACCCUCGACGGACACGACCCCGAGGGCCUCUUCCCGUGCAUCUUGGGUCAUGAGGCGGCAGGAAUCGUUGAGAGUGUGGGGGAAGGUGUCACCAGCGUGAAGCCUGGUGACCAUGUCAUUCCUUGCUACCAGGCGUACUGCUCCAAGUGCCCCAUGUGCAAGAGCAACAAGACCAACCUCUGCGGCGCUGUGCGCAAGUGGACUGGCAAGGGCGUCAUGAAAGCAGACGACGACGUGCGCUUCACGCACAAGGAGAGCGGCAAGAAAAUCUACCACUUCAUGGGCACGUCCACCUUCUCAGAGUACACAGUGGUGCACGAGGAGAGCGUGGCAAAGAUCGAUGAGAAGGCGCCUCUUGAGGUCGUCUGCCUGCUCGGCUGCGGCGUCACCACCGGCAUCGGCGCCGUCCUCAACACCGCCAAGGUGGAGAAGGGCUCCACAGCGGCUGUGUUUGGGCUGGGCACCAUCGGUCUGGCGGUAGUGGAUGCUCUGAGGGAGGCAGGCGCCAGGCGCAUCAUUGGCGUGGACACUGAUGAGGGCAAGUUCCCCCGCGCCAAGGAGUGGGGCGCCACAGACCUCAUCAACCCCAAGAACUAUGAGAAGCCCAUCCAGGAUGUAAUUGUGGAGAUGACAGAUGACGAUGGAGUGGGAGGCGUGGACUACUCAUUCGAGUGCAUCGGCAAUGUGCAGGUGAUGCGCGCUGCGCUGGAGUGCUGUCACAAGGGCUGGGGCCAGUCUAUCGUCAUUGGGGUGGCAGCAUCAGGCAAGGAGAUCAGCACACGGCCCUUCCAGCUCGUCACAGGCCGCGUUUGGAGGGGGACUGCCUUUGGCGGGUACAAGUCGCGCGUGGAUGUGCCAAAGCUGGUGGAUGGAUACAUGGAGGGCAAGUUCAGGGUGGCAGAGUACAUCACCCACAAGCUCAAGCUGACAGAGAUCAACCAGGCCUUCGACCUGCUGCAUGCCGGCAAGGCCCUACGCGUGGUCAUGUCCACUGAUGGGUAGAUGCAGGGGUUACCUGCUAAUCUGAAGGGGGUGGGAGAAAAUUAGCAGAACAUAGUACGAACGAGUGAUAGCCUGCCUAGUAGAUUGCCAGAAGUGAGCCAAGGAUAAUAGGCUGCAGUGGACUUGACAGCCACAGAGCAUGUUACCUGGAUCGUGGCACGAAUGGUUUUGUGGGCGCUGAAGCGUACAGAUUCAGUUCAGAAAUGCAUAGGACAGUUCUUCCAGGUGCUGACAUCAUAUUGAAGUGAAGCAGCUUCACUGCAUGUAUUUCUGUGUUUGUAAUUCUGCCUCUGUGGGUUCCUCAAUGAGUUCAACUUCCUGCCCUUCUUCUGGCUCAGGACUCAGCUGCCAUCCGCUGUCUUCCAGCAUGCUGAACAUUUUCUCAAACGCCUCCAGAUAGAUGCCCUCUAGAUUCACCAUCUGUUUGGGCAGAAUAUGCUCUGUCAUCUUGUACAAGACAUAGAUGAAGGUGGCGCCUGCCACAUUAUUCCUGUCACUGAAGUACUGCCCAAAGCGGCUGAGCUCGUCCCUGUAAUCCAGAAGUCUUCCCGUCUCCUCACGCAACAUGUAUCGGAGUCCCUUGUUACACACCUCAUUGACUGCUGUCUGCAAUUCGGGAUCUUCUUCAUCAGCCAGAUCAUCAGCUUGAGCCAAUUGUGCCCACUCUUCCGCAAUCUCCGCCUUUUUCCUAGCCCUGAUGG